GCUUUCAUACAUACCUAAUAAUAAAGCAGUAUCGUUACGUGUAUCGAAUUUAAUCGUAAUAUCCAUCCUGUGGUAAUAUCGAUACCAAUUGAGUAGUAGCCUGCAAUUAUCGAAUAGAUAUCACAAAUUCAUGCGUAAUUCGUGGGAUACAAUGGUUAAUAGUAGAUGGUUAUAUGAAACAUUGAUACCUACGGUUUUGGAAUGCGUAUAAUUCAUGAGCGCACAAGCCUUUCAUUAAUAUGUUAUACGUGGGUGUUUAUGAACACAGAAGGUUUUUUUAUCAGGUGACACUCCAUUUUAGACGUUGGAAGUUAAAAUACAAAUUGAGACCGUCAUAUAAGCGAUAAUGUCGCCGUUCGGAAAGCAUUGAGAGCGGUCACGUUACUAGUUGUCUUUGAGUGAACAAACAAGCUGAGUUCGGCGUGUGCCUAUUUAUGUUAGCUAUUGUGACUUUUAACUUGUUGAUAUUAUUUGAUCUGAAAUGUCGCUGCAGCAUACUCCGCCAAAUAAAUUUUUAUCAGAACCUGAUAUUUCAAAAAGUGGUGAGGGUGAUGUACAAAUAAAUAUCUGCAAGAGGAAGCAACCAGAAGAUGAAUAUUCAAUUGUGCAGUGCUUAUCUAAUUUUGAAGCAAGAUUCAAUAACCAGAUGCAGUUGUGGAACACUAUGAUCACCGAAAAAGUUACGAGCUGUGUGGCAACGGCUGUCAGUGCGGCCAUUACAAUCGAGUUGUCCAAGAUCACACCAACGCUGGCUGAGAUUAACGUAAAACUAACAAAACUAACUAGUGACAAUAUAAGCCUUAAUAAAACACUUGCAGAAACCAAUAACAAACUGGUCGAAAUUGAGAAAUCAUUGGACUUUUCUUCGGAACGUCAGGAUGCAUAUGAAAACCGUUUGAAAUCAAUUGAAAAUAGUGUAACGAGUAACUGUAAUCUGGAAAAUCAAAUUUGUAUAUUGGAAUACAAAAUAUCUCAAAUGGAACAGCAAGCGCGACAAUGCAAUAUCGAAAUUUUUAAUUUGCAAGAACGCCGCGCCGUGACGAAAGUCUUGUAUGUAUAUUGGAAUGUUUUGGCAACGUUAUAAACCAACCUAUACAAGCUACAGAUAUUGUAUCUGCGCACCGUGUCCCAUAUGCUGACCCCAAGAAUAAACAGCCCAAGAACAUCGUGGUCAAGCUUACUAGCAGAAUACUUCGCGAUAAUAUAAGAGCUGCAUGUAGUGCAAAAAAGAAACUCAACUCUGAGAUACUAUCUAUACCUGGGUCGCCGAGUCCUAUAUAUAUAAAUGAACAUCUUACGUUGGAUAAUAAAAUUUUCUUUUGCCAGUGUCGUGAAGUCGCUAAAAAUAAGGACUAUAGAUACGUAUGGGUUAAGCACGGUGUUAUUUUUAUAUUUAUAUUUUUGCUAGAAAACAAGCUGCCUCGCCAGUUAUUGUUGUACGAAGUGUCCAAGACAUUAGCAAAAUUAUUUAAUAAUAACAGGCAUAACAUUUGUUUAUAUACUUCUAAAAAGUCAAUUUAUAUAUACAUAAUCAUUUUGUUAUUAUUUUUCAGCAGUAAUUAUGCAAACAGAUAUUUAUCAGCACAGUAUAAUGUAAGUUAUGUACGAGGGGUAAGGUAUGUUGUUCAGUGGCCAUAUGGUGGGAUUUAUAUAAUAAAAAGAGGUUUUGUAUCUAAUUUAAAUCUUUGUUUACCAGGAAUUAAUAAGAAGAGAAAGGUAUGUGAUUCCGGAUGGGUGCAAUAUAACUAUGAAUGUAAAAUUAUAUUAAUAGGGAUAACUAUGUAUUAUAACCUAAAAAUAAUAAAUAAUAAUUCCCUUCGAAUUUUGUUUGCAUGUAUUAUUAUAACCUUCAUUCAUCAUAACAUAUUUAUUCUCAUAUACUUAAUUUUAUUAUAUGGACACUUUAAUCAUAUUUUUAAUCAUUUAUUUAUUGGAUAAUAAACAAACAUUAUCAGUUUUCUAUCAAAACUGCAGGGGACUAAGAACUAAGCUACAUUCGUUGUAUAUGAAUAUCUUAUCUCACAGCUAUGAUUUGAUUAUCUUAACUGAAACCUGGUUGCAUUGUGAUAUAAAUGAUAGUCAAAUUGUGGAUGCUAGGUACCAGGUAUUUAGACACGAUAGGGAUCGUUGUGGUAGCGGGAGGCGGGACGGUGGGGGGUUCUCGUGGCAGCCUUGCGAGGGCUACAGGCUGUACCUAUUGCCACAUUUCACGCAGCCGCCUCACCGCUGGUUGAUCAUGUUCUUAUUGAAAUAAAAUCACGGAACUAUCGAUGCAUAGCUAGUGCCGUGUAUAUACCGCCGGGUUUAAGCAAUGACAUAUAUAUUUCCCAUUUAGAUUUUCUUACCAACAUAUUGCAAUCACCUAGUGUGAACGAGUUUAUUGUAGUGGGUGACUACAAUCUGCC